UAUUGUUUUCGUGGAAAAUUAGUUCUAAUUAUCAUCUUUAUCUUACUAUUCAGUGUUCUGCUUGUUAACAACAAGAUGAUGGACUGUGUGGAAGAAACCAACGAUGACCCCCUCUCAGCCCCCACCAUGUCCAUACCAUCACCGACAGCCGGAGACACGGUUGUGGAGAAGAAGAAACCUAGCGAGAAUGUGUCACUCGCUGAUAACAGCUUAUUGGUGGACAUAUCGGACGCGCUCAGUGAAAAGGAAAAAGUGAAGUUCACGGUCCACACCAAGACCACUCUGCCCGAGUUCCAGAAGUCAGAGUUCCUGGUGGUCCGGCAGCAUGAGGAGUUCGUGUGGCUGCAUGACAGAUAUGAGGAGAAUGAGCAGUACGCUGGUUACAUUAUACCGCCAGCGCCUCCACGGCCGGACUUUGACGCGUCGCGCGAAAAACUGCAACGUCUCGGCGAAGGCGAAGGUGCCUUGACUCGGGAAGAGUUCCUCAAAAUGAAGGAGGAGUUGGAAGACGAAUAUCUGGCCACGUUCAAGAAAACAGUCGCCAUGCACGAAGUAUUCCUGCAGCGGCUAGCGUCGCACCCCGUGUUUCGGAACGACUCGCACCUGCGCGUGUUCCUCGAGUACGAGAGAGACCUCUGCGCCAAGCCGAGAGCCAAGAUACACCUCAUCACGACGCUGGUCCGUUCCAUGACAACAACAACAGACGAGAUCUACCUCGGCGCGACCGUGCGGGACGUGAACGAUUUCUUCGAACAGGAGACCACGUUUCUACAGGAAUAUUACACGCAUUUGAAGGAGGCAGUCGCUAGGGUGGAUCGCAUGACUUCUAAACAUAAAGAGGUGGCCGACGCCCAUAUAAAGCUGUCAUCGUGCAUAACCCAACUAGCUACCAGAGAGCAGCCGCAUACAGAGCGUUUCCUCACUCGGGCUGCUGACACCUUUGACAAGUGCCGGAAAAUUGAAGGUCGCAUGGCGUCCGACCAGGAUCUGAAACUGGCUGACACACUUCGGUACUACAUGAGGGACGCUCACGCCGCCAAGGCUGUACUCGUCAGAAGACUGAGAUGUCUCGCCGCAUAUGAAGCCGCUAAUAGGAACCUCGAAAAAGCCAGGGCUAAGAACAAGGACGUACAUGCUCCCCAGGAGGUUCAAGAGGCGGAGCAGGCUCAGGCCGCGGCGUGCGCGCGAUUCGAAGAACUAUCUGCGCGUGCGCGCGAGGAACUCAUCGACUUUAGGACGAGACGCGUCGCUGCCUUCAAGAAGAGCCUCAUAGAUCUAGCGGAGCUGGAAAUUAAGCAUGCGCGCGCGCAGCAAGAGCUGUUCAGGAAAUCACUGCAAGUGCUCAAGGAGUGCCAGUAAACGUACUAAGGC